AUGAAGAUAGCUAGAGGAGCGAAAACCAUAUCAACUGGUCUAUUAGCACAGUCACGAAGUUCAAAAAUCAAGGCUCGUAUCCGGCGGUCGUUUGUCGUUGGGUUUAUUGGCACACUUCUCUUAGUCUUUUGGCUAUUAUACGCUGAUAAUUCGAACCAGAUCCCCGUUUUGCCCACGGUGCUUUCCAAAGAUGACAUACAAGGUAUUUUUGUUAGAACCACAGGGCCUCGUGUCGUCAUUUUGAUUAUGAGUGAUAAAAUUGAUGAUACGCUUUGCUAUUCAGUGGGCUCAGCCUACCUAAGCGGGCUGCCCGUGGUGGUAGCUGGCUAUCAGAUGAAAUACAAAGGGUUUCUAUCCAAGUUCGAUUUCAUGGAAAGAGCCAUCAAGAAUGCGCAGAUGAAUCCGGAAGAUAUCGCUAUUCUAAUCGAUUCCGACACGGUUUUUACAGGUGCAGACAUUCAAGCUUUUCUCGAUUCCUUCAUCGCCCAGUCCGCCGCAACGCCGGAGGAGUUGGACGCACUGAGUGUGCGGCAGGGCCGUGCGAUGGCACCGAUCGUAGCGCUCGCGGAGGAUUGUUGUUGGGCACCGAAUUUAUACUUUGACCAUAAGGAUUGUGCAAUUGGGUAUGAAGCUGUUCAUAAAAAGGUUCGUGAGCACGCGGCCGCACACCCAGAGAAUAAGCUUGCUUUAGCGUUUGACCAAUCCCCAUAUCGCCAUUCCAACAUGGGUAUCGUAAUUGUCCGUGUGUGGGCGUACAUGGAAUACCUAGGGAAGGUUAAAAAGUUGACAGAAAUCCUCAAACCAACCUCUAGAAUCGAGAGAGGAUGGUAUUGCGAUCAAUCCAUCUUUUCACGCUUCUAUCUGGAUCUCUUAACGUGGGAAGUUGAGCAGGAUGUUUUCUCGAUGCCGUUGCAUGAGCGGCAGGCGGCGCGGUCCACUUACGGUAUCCGCGCCGGUUUCCUCGGGUUAGACUACGCCAAUGCGCUUUCGGUGGUUAUUGCGCUCAGAUACAUACACCAAACCGAAAUUCACGAUGAGCUCUGGGCGAAAUACCUGCCGUCGGACGGGCUUGAACACCCGCACUCACACGAGAUAGAUGGAAUCGAUAAUGUCGGUCUCUUUGUAGCGGACCUUUAUAAGCGAGCAUAUGUCGCACACGGCACGAAGAUUUACACGAAGCUUGCCGUACCCAAGUGGAUAGACGGGAAAAGGACCUCUGAGAAGAUCUUCAUCAGCCUCACGCCACCUCUUUUUGCGUCCAAACUGAGGCCCAUCGACACCUUCAACAACACGACGCGUCAUACGUUCCCGGUAAUUUUGCAUGCGUCCGAUCUCGAGAAUGGUUAUACCAAGGUCAAAAAACUCGAGUAUGCCUCCGUAGGUGCACCGUGGUUCAUGCCGAUGGUUUAUGAUGCGGAGGUAUUGGAACAGAACGAAAAGCGUCUGGAAUCUCUGCCAUUGUUUCUAUCUACCGAUAGGAACAUACUACAAACCUCUUACCACGCUAAUUGCGGUUUUCCAUUUGAAAGAAUCAUAAAAAAGGUCCAAAAUAUAUGA